AACCCCACAACUUUCCCACAUCCCGUUCAUCCCUCCAACAAACCCUCAAAUUCUCCCUCUCAAAACCCCCAAAAUGGCGUCACAACAGAUCCGAUCUCAGCGUGAAGAUGCCCAAGUAUUCACCGGCGAAGAUCUAUGCAAAGAGAAAGCACAAGAAGUACUCGCAAGAUUCUCCCUACCAAAAGGCCUGAUUCCAAUGACUGACGUGACGGAGAUCGGCCACAACGAAUCCACAGGGUUCGUGUGGGUUCGCCGGAAGAAGAAGACGAAUCAUCUCUUCCGUGCGAUUGGUCGGAAUGUGUCGUACGAUAGCGAAGUAACGGCGUUGAUUGAGAAUCGGCGGAUGCGGAAUCUAACAGGUGUUAAGAGCAAGGAGCUUUUGAUUUGGGUGACGAUUUCGGAUAUCUCUGCGGAUGAGUCCGGGAAGAUAACGUUUGGAACUCCGGCGGGGCUGUCUCGUACGUUUCCGACGACGGCAUUUGAAGAAGUGGAGUGAGAAAUUAAGCGAAAGAUUUGUGGAUGAAUUUAGUUCAAGGUUUCCUGUGUAUUUUGAUGGGUUUGAUUGAAAGUUGUAAUAGCGUAAGAACAUAUAUAUAUAUAAGAUGGUAUUUUCAAUAAAACAA